AGAGGCAAAGAAAAGGCUGCCAUGGCAACACCAGCGCUUGAGGCUUGAAGAGGGAGGUGAGCUGAAAGAGGUAUGGUUUUUCUUAUGGAAAAAUAUUCCGUUAUUUCAUGAUGGCAUUUGCACCACCAAAAAGCAUAGAUGGUCCCAAAAUGCAGACAAAGAUGAGUACCUGGACACCUCUAAACCAUCAGCUUUUGAAUGACCGGGUAUUUGAAGAAAGAAGAGCUCUGCUUGGAAAAUGGGUGAGCUGGCACUGGAAGAAUUUAACUGAGCUGGAUCAGCUCUGGAUGCUCAAAUGUUUACGAUUUAACUGGUACAUCAAUUUCUCUCCAACUCCCUUUGAGCAGGGUAUAUGGAAGAAGCACUACAUUCAAAUGGUAAAAGAACUUCAUGUUACCAAGCCUAAGACACCUCCAAAAGAUGGGUUUUCCAUUGCCAACGUUCAACCAGUUACAAGCAAUUCUGCAGAGGAAAAGCAGUCCCCUGCAUCAGCUUUCAGGUCCUCUUCCUCUUUGAGAAAGAAAACCCAUCCAGGGGAGAAAGAGCUCCCACCCUGGCGAUCUUCUGACAAGCAUCCAACUGAUAUCAUUCGCUUCAAUUACCUGGACAACUGUGACCCCAUUGAGCAAAUCUGGCAAGGAAGGAGAAAAAGACAUGAAAUGAACCCAGAUUUCAGUCGACAAUCGCAUGAUAAGAAAAAUAAAUUGCAGGACAGAUCUAAGCUAAGGAAAGCACAGUCACUGAUAUGCCUAAGUGCAGAACCCAGCGCUUCUCUCCAAGUUCCCGCUCAUCUUGCCUGGUCUCAUCAAUGGGCAGGGCUCCCGGCCACCAAAGCAGCCACAAAAAUCCUCAUGCAACAUCUUCAAAGGCACUCUGGGCUUCAGGCAUCACCCAGCCAGCCUCCAGAUCCGAAGUCAAUUUAA